AUGUAGAUUUAGAGGUCGGUAAGGAAGAACACAAAAACAAGCAGUGCAAUCGAAAAGAGAGAGGUGGCUGGCCUAUAGAGAAGCAUGCUCGCCGUAUCUACACACGGGCAGUGAUGAAGCUUUUCAAAGCUGACUUGGAGAUGGUACAGAAUUUCAAUCCACCUAAGGAAAUAGAAGCCCAGAGUUUGUACGAGCUGGAGCAUUCGUAUGCUCAUCUCCAGCCCAAUUGGGCUCGCACAAAAUUCACGGUUCGUGUUGAGGAAGGACAUCGCUUUCUAUGUGAAUGUGGUUUGUUUGGACAUUUCGGUGUCGUGUGCGCCCAUGUCAUUAGGCUGAUGAUACACCUUGGAUUGAAUCAGAUCCCUGACUUCCACAUAAUGAAGCGGUGGACAAAAUCUGCUAGGGACAUUUCGGUUCCAAUUGUUGAGGGGCCCGAAGAGACGGAGCUGUCAUUGCCAAAGUCUUUUCGGCACAACAUAAUGUACGUCAACGCUUGGAGCUUGUAAAAAUGGGUGAUUUAGCAGAGAGUAAGUACUGCAUUUUCAUGAAACACAUCACAACUGCAAAGAAAGAGCUUGGUGAAGACGACACUCCAGUUGCUCCCUUGUACUAUUCUAGUGGUGCUGAGGAUGAUGGGGAGGCUCGGCGGUCGACUAAUAGGAUAGCCCAGCUUGAAGGGUUGGCUGAGAGUGGGGCAAUGACAAGUGAUGGUGUGCUUAUUAAGGAGCCACUGAUUAAGAGGGGGAGAGGUAGGCCCAAGGCAACAAGGUUUAAGUCUUUCCUGGAUGGAGGUUGUAAGAAAACAGCGACGAAAGACAAGCAGCAAGAGGGUGAUCGGCUGGAGGGUCUUUCCAAGCAGACAACAUUUUGCAAACGUUGCAGGAAGCCUGGUCACCACUCUUCUACAUGCAUGGUGCUUCCUGAUGGGAGGACUGAUCUUGAACUGGUAUUCUUCAGAAGAAGUCACGCAGGCUGAACAAAUCUAGCACCUGUGGAGGCACUGGCCAUAACUCUGCGACAUGUACUGCUGGUGUGGAAGUACCAGAUGGUUAGUGCAAGGACUCCAACUAUAUCUUAACCACUUUCUUGACAUUAUCUGUUGUUUUUUCAGAUGAACUCUGCAAUGCCAUAUCUUAGCUACUGUAAGGGAUUUCUAUUGUAAUUUUCUUAACCUGUUAUGUUGCAU